UUGAAUUGUAACGAAAAGUAGAGAAAUCAGAAAAGUUGGGAAUUGGAAUUUCGUUGACUUAUUGUGGCUUCUGAAGAAAAUAUUAUUAAAUAAAAUAAUGGAUAAUCAUUUAACUCCCAAGAAAAUACAAAGGUUAAUGCACUUAGCCGAAGAUAAAUCCUUUAAUUUGCAAAGACGACAGCAAACUUUUAAUAAUGAUGACGUACAAAGCAGCGUAAGUUCAAAUCAAAUGGCAUUUAAUAGAACUGGAACCAAUUACGAAUCAUCAUCUGGAAUCUUAGACUUGGAACGCGUAGAAGGUUUUGGUGAAUCAGGUAUUGAUAAUAUUUCGCUGAGUAAAUCGACUGCAUUCAAUCCAGGAGAAAUGACAGGAAGGUCCACAGGAACUGAAGAUAUUAAAGAGCCACUUGGUUCGGCAAGAGCAUUUGAAGAGUAUGGUCGCCACUCAAUGGCUUUAGAGAGUAUUACAACCCACAUGGACAAACAGACUUCUGAAAUUAAUGAUUUAAUGAGACAUUCGAUUGCUACAAAUUAUUCAUUUCACUCAAAGAGAGAUCUAACAGCAGAUGAAGCAUCUCUUGUGAUGAGAGAGGCUCCUCUUCCUGUACAGCAUAGCACUCAAGCCAAUUUUCAAGACAGCUUACUGAUGAGCAAUUCAAACAUGUCAGUUGGAGCAUAUUUUCAAAACAGGUGUCCGGAGUUUGGAAAAAUACUGUGUAACGUUGACAGCCCAGACAGGCCAAGUAUAACAGAUGUAUCAUUAAUUGCCCCAUCAGACGUCAUACAAAAUAACCCAAACAAUACAUACAAAAUGGACACAACUCUGGACCGUGUACCAGUAAGACAGCCUCGUAUUGAUAAGUCACAGCCGCAAAACGUAGUUGCCAAUUUAUUUCCUACAAAAGUACAAGACAUGACCAAUUUGUCUGCUAAACCUUCACUCAUGGAUAUAUCUAAUAUGAAGCUCAAUAAAAGUUCUGUACCUGUGAAAAGUUAUGCACAAAUGGCUGGAACAAAAACAGUCAACCACAAUGCGAAUCCAAAAAUGUUUACGGCUCCGAAACCCACGGACAUAUUGCUAAGAAACUUACAGUCGUCAAUGCGUCUGGUGUCAGAUGAUACAGAAUGCUCUACGGAGAACUCGUUGAGUAUUUCAAAAAUUGCGGAUUAUCUAGGAAAACAAUCAAAUGUCAGUGUUACGGAUAUAUUACAGCUAAACAAUCAAACCAAGCAAGUAAAUAGAAAGCAGCCUCUCACUGAGCUACACAUGAACAUAUUGGAAAAUAAAAAAGCAAAACAAGAUAUUUUUGUGACCAAUUUAAAGGAUACAAAAAAUAUUGAAACUGCUAGUUCAUCGGGGACAGUUAACACAGUUAUAUCUCUCGAUAAAUUAAAGCUUAAUGAGGAGAAGGAAGUGCCGUCUGUUAUUGUUACUCGUCACUCAAUGGAUACUCAGGGUACUGAUAGUGAUGAUGUCAAGAUGCACCGUAUGGCUCCGUCCCACUCGCCUUCUAGCACAAGUCAGUCUACCCUCAGUACAGUUCAAGAAGCUGCAAGUUUCAAAUCUGGCGAUAGUCCGUUACAUUGUAGUAAAGGCGAGGUUAAUACAACGCAUACGCCUUUCCCAAACUUUGAAUAUAGAGAAUUAGAUAAGUCAGUAGAUUGGCAAGAGGUGUUACAGCAUAAACUUUUGAAACAGGAGAGCUUAGCAAAAGAAAAGUGGGCUGAAAUCAUAUCAACUCCCGUUAAAGGUUUCGUAGGUGUCAGCGCUGCUGUGUCUAUUACGGUAACAACACUGAUAGAUAGUUGGCUGACUGCAAAGUUUGAAUUUGAUGAACUACCUAACGGAGGAAGAGAUCUCACCAUCGAGUUACCGCGUCAACCGUUACUAUUGUCACCCGGAAAAACGGAGAAAUUCACAUUACACAUUACUUCUAACAUAGAAUUGGAACAGUACUUACCAUUCACGAUGUAUUUAAAGGACGCGUCAAUAGACGGGGACGUUGAACAAAAAGGACAUUUAGAAGUUAGUAUAAAAAUGCCAACAAUACAAGCAUUAUCCUGCGAUGGAGUUAACAAGAUUACCUUUCCGACAAUUCAAGAAAAAUCCACUUUAACUAAGUACUUCGUUCUAAUCAGUGAUUGUUGCGAAGAUCUUCAAUUAGAGUUAUCGAUAGCUGAGGGAGACAGUAUGUUUGUUAUCAAAUCUGUUCAGGAAAUAAUAAAGAAUGAUGUUAGCAAAGCUCUAAUGGAACGGAAUGCCUCGACUGAAGAUUCACAAGUAAAAAUUAAAAUGAAAGGCAUGAACAAGCAGUUAUGCAGGCUGAGUAGCGGUAAUGCCAUUAAAGUAACAAUUACUUUUGUCGCGCCGAAGCUGAUGGAACUAGAAUUAACUGAAAAAAUGGUCACUUUCAAAGGCACAUUGAAUGUUAAUUUAAUUGGAGUUAACACCAUUUUGAAGAAAGUCAAUCUCAUUGGGUCAGUCGGGAGUGCCAGCCUUGAAGUGCAGCCACCGUCUAAUAAACUUCAUCUUACAAAUGAAACCACUACAAUAAACCUGUGUAAUACUGGCUCAGUGACUGGAGUUUGGGCAGUCAAAUUUAGAAGCAAUACUAGUAAAGACAAUCAAUUCCCUUUCAAAGUGUCUGCGACAAAACUGGAAAUUCGUCCUGAAAGUGUUAAAGAACUGAGCCUCAUUUAUACAGGACCUCCGGAUGCUGUCAGUGAUGGGACUUUAAUAUUAGAAGAUACAGCUACAGGCAACAUAACUAAGAUUGAUAUUAUUGGAGGAUCAGAUAAACCUAAAACUUUUCCAGUCAAAACCAACUAUAAUAAUAUGUCAUGGGUGCGGGCUGGAAGAAAGGAGCUCAGUUUAAAAAAUUCGACAAACAAGAAAAUUCAGAUUCGCUGCCAAAUAGUUGGCGAAGGUUUCCUCAUCGAUUCUCCCGGUAUCGAAGCCAGAGGAACAUUCAUACUUUCCUUUGGGCCGUGUGAAUGCAGGCCGUUGCCGAUCAUUUUCGCACCAAAUUCUUGCAUGCCGCAUGCAGCUGCGUUGCAUUUAGUUUUCGAUAAAAACAGCGAUUACUCGAGAAAGAUCAAGCUGCACGGCUGCGGCAGCGGCGAGUCGCUGCGCUGGUCGGGCGUGGUGACGUACGGGCCGACGGCGCUCGUGCGCGCCGUGUCGCGCGCGCCGCUCGACCUCGCGCUCUACAACAAGGCGCUCAGCCCCGCCUUCGUCUACGCGCAGGUGCACUUCAACCUACAAUACAGAUUCAUAGCAGCUGAAUCACAGUUACUCGGUAGCCGUCGUAUAGUAAACCGUCGCUCGAAGCAUUCCAUAACGUUGCUCGUUCCGUGGAACAAACUGGAGCGACGCUUGCGCGGCAGCGACGCGACCGCACUCGCCACGGUCACCGUCAUCACGGGCCCGGAGUUCACACGCCGGAGGAUACUCAGAAUAAUCAAGGACCCAUCAACUGGAGAGUUGGAUGUAUCCUCACUGCCGGAUCACUUAAAAGUGUUAGUGGAGCCUUUUGAAGGGGAAGAUCUAUCUAUGGAUGCUUAUUUAGAGAAUUUCAGUGAAACCAAGGCUUGUCUGAAUGAGCUUAUUGAAGGUCUUCAAGAAUUGACGGCACAAAUUGAUUUACCCCAAGAUCUUGGAGAAGAAAAUACUAUUCUAAUAAGUGAUGAUACAAUGCUUGAACAUCAUACACUUUGUGAUUGAAAUGCUAUUUAGAGUUUCCCUAACGAAAUGUUAUAAUCUGGCUGGCCAAGACUUAUCGUAUAUUGUAAUUCAAAAUGUUUUCUUUUGUAAUAAAAGAAUACUAACCUGAUGUUUGUACUUAUAGUUAUAAGUUUAGUAUUAUCCGUCCGCGAGUCAUGUUAGCUCUCUUAAGCUGACAUUUAUUCUACUCUUAUAAUCUUAGUAUUAUUAAUAUAUAUUACAUAAUAU